AUGGCAGAACUCAUUGCUAAAUAUGGUGGCAACUUCGUCCGGAACCUCCGCAAAACUUUCGACGGCAUGACGCUGGAAAAGUAUGUUCGUCUCAUCGCUGUCGUCGGGGCCUACCUACUACUCCGCCCAUAUAUCAUGAAGCUAGGCGCGAAAAUUCAAGCAAAAGAGCACGAGAAGGAGAUCGACCUGGAAGAACCGGAAGGCCCGAAGGCCAAGAUAUCCCCGAACAUGUUACGAGGCCAUGGAGGCAAGGAGGUGGAAAUAGGGGAUAGUGAGAGCGAAGAAGAAGGAGAAGGGGACACAACUGGUGCAAAUUGGGGGAAGAAGGCGAGGAAAAGACAACGGCAACAGGACAAGAAACUUCUGGCGGCAAUCGAGGAGCGGCACAGGCAAUUGCAGGAGGAUGACGAGGAUAAGGAUAUUAUGGAAUACCUGGUCGAUUACGAGGAAGGAAAGGACGGUUGGUAG